AUGAUAAGAGUUCGGGAGCGGAGGAAGGGGGAAAAGCAAGAAGUCUGUGGAUCCCCCACGUUUUCCCAGGCCGACGACCCGAGCUGGUGCAAGACGCCCAGCGGGCACAUCAAGCGGCCCAUGAACGCCUUCAUGGUGUGGUCGCAGAUCGAGAGGCGCAAGAUCAUGGAACAGUCGCCCGACAUGCACAACGCCGAGAUCUCCAAGCGGCUGGGCAAACGCUGGAAGCUGCUCAAAGACACCGACAAGAUUCCUUUCAUUCGGGAGGCGGAGCGGCUGCGCCUCAAGCACAUGGCUGACUACCCCGACUACAAGUACCGGCCCAGGAAGAAGGUGAAGUCCGGCAACGCCAACGCCAGCUCCUCGGCCGCCGCCGCCUCCCAGCCUGGGUCGUCCCACUCCUCGUCGGCCUCCUCCGCGGGCUCCUCGGCCUCCGACGACGAGUUCGAGGACGACCUGCUCGACCUGAACCCCAGCUCAAACUUUGAGAGCAUGUCCCUGGGCAGUUUCAGCUCGUCGUCGGCGCUGGACCGGGACCUGGACUUCACCCUGGAGCCGGGCUCGGGAUCGCACUUCGAGUUCCCGGACUACUGCACGCCCGAGGUCAGCGAGAUGAUCUCGGGGGACUGGCUCGAGUCCAGCAUCUCCAACCUGGUCUUCACCUACUAACGGCGCGCGCUGGAGAGGUGGGCCGGGGUGACCGAGGGAGAAAAGGUGGACAGGGAGAGUAGAAAGAAGAAAAGGGGAGGGAAACCAGAAAAAGGAAAAAAAAA